AACGCUCGGCCGCCGGUCUCCGCGGCCCGAUGCCGUGCGUCCGCCCGGUCCUCGGCCUCCUGGCCGCCCUGGCCGCCUGCGGAGCCGUCGCCUUCCUGGCCUACUGCGUCUACUUCGACCGGAAGCGGCGUGGCGACCCGGCAUUCAAGCGGCACCUGCGGGACAAGAGAAGAGCCCAGCAGCCACCGGCCCAGGCGCGGGACGCGCAGUUGUGGGAUCUAGCAACAAAUGAAAAACUGCAAGAACGUUUUCUGCAAGAGGUACAGAUGGCAGAACUUUGGUUAUCUAGAGGAGAGAAUGGAAUGGGGGUACAACACCUCAGCAAUGCCCUUUCAGUCUGUAUGCAACCACAGAAGCUUCUCCAUGUUUUCAAACGCACACUCCCUCCCAAAGUAUUUCAGAUGCUAUUGCACAAAAUCCCCCUUAUCUGCCAGCUGAUUGCACUUCAUGGUUGAAAAUAAACCAUAUAUUGUUGGUCAGACUCAGAACCAUUCAUGUUAGACUCUCAGCUUCUGAACAAAGUGUGAAACAAUACAGACUCCCUUAGAGCCUAAUAGUCAACUCUUACACAUUCCCAAGUUAGUCUUAGAUGGGAUGUUUCCUGAAGAUACA